AUGAGAAAUAAUGAACGUCUUAGGGUGACACGCACUGAUCCUUUGGAUGAAGCUGCUACCCGACUGUUGGACAGGUUGGCCCAUGUUGCUAGUAGAGGCGCAGGUAGAGUAAAGGCAAGGGCUGGUUGCUCUUUUGAGACUUUUAUGAAGCAGAAUCCCCUUUCCUUUGAUGGGAAGCCAAAUCCUACAGAAGCUGAGAAUUGGUUCUUGGAAAUGGAGAAGUUAUUAGAAGCUUUAGAUUGCACUGACUCUCAGAAGGUGCGGUUUGCAACUUUCAAGUUAACUGGAGAAGCUAAGCGUUGGUGGAGAUCCGCUAAAGCCAUUUUGGAGGGAAUGGACACUGAGAAAAAUCCCAUCACUUGGGAGAAAUUUAAAGGGGUUUUCUAUGAUAACUACUUCCCUGAGGUGGUUCGAGAACGAAAAGAGAGGGAAUUUGCUGACUUGGUGCAAGGAAAUAUGACUGUUGAGCAGUAUGCUGCUAAAUUCAUCAAGUUAUCUUGCUUUGGACCCCACUUAAUCCUUACUGAGUCGAAGAAAGCAAGAAGAUUUCAAAAGGGGUUGAAUGAGAGACUUCGACACCAUUUGAUUGCAUCAGGGGUUGAUAAUUAUGCAAAGUCAGUUAAGAGAGCUAUGAGACUGUAG